UUUUGUCAUAUGAAAUGAAAUAAACUUUUGAGUGGCUGGUGAAUUCUAAGCAAACAAAAACACCUUAUCUUUCCUCAAAUGCAUCAUCUUUGCUCUCUCUCUCCUCAAACUCCAUUACCAACAACAAGAAACUACUUCUUCUUCUCUCAUUUGCAACUUCCUGAUAAUUAUACUACUUAUACUUUCAAUGAAAUUAUUAGGAGAAAUCAAUUUAAGCCAACAAAAAGAAGUAAUCAUCAUCAAUGGUGGAUUUCAGCAAUGGAGAAAGAACCAAAUAACUUUGAAGUGGACCAAGAUAAGGCUAGACAAGCUCUUGGUGAGCUAGACCAACAGUUUGAAUCUCUCUCUACAAAACAAAUUAACCCUCCUAAAAUCAGAGCAUCGAGUAUUGGAAACUUGAAGGAGCAGGUGAAAAAUGAGCCUCCAGAAAUUACAGGAUCCUUUCUAGGAUAUACUGCAUUUGUUCUAUUUGUGUUCUCGAUAUUUUACAAUAUACUUUUCAUAACAGUCAUAAGACCUUCAAUUGAUGGACCAGAUGAAGAUAUCAUCAUGGCUACUGAUGUUAAUACAACAAGAAGUUAUCAAGCACCAGAUGUAAGCCAACAACAGCAAUAAGUGUUUUUACUUUGAGAACUAAUUAAUUGGAUGGUUGGAGUAUAUAAUAAUAGUAAUAAAGUUCAAAUCUUUCUUUUUAA